CGGAUCGCCUCUUCUGAACUGAGCUGAAGGGUCUUUGCCAUUUUAGACACUGGGGGGGAAAAACUUCACCCAGGACAUUUUUGUUACAUGAUGAAUUAGGAAAGGAAGAAAUCUUACUGUGAGCAAUGGAAACUAGGAUGUCUUUGAUUUCCGCCACGCAAGAGACUCAACAUCUAUCCCAGGAGAAGGGUCAGAGUCCAGCCAAUGGGAACAGAGAACAGUUUGAUUCAGAUGAAGGUUCUAGCAUCGAGGAGACCGACUUCAACUGGGAUGAAUACUUGGAAGAAACGGGAGCAAGCGCUGCUCCUCACACCUCGUUCAGACACGUUGAAAUCAGCCUUCAGAGCAGUUUCCAACCAGGGAUGAAGUUAGAAGUGGCCAACAAGAACAAUCCGGACACCUACUGGGUGGCUACGAUCAUUACAACGUGUGGGCAGCUCUUGUUGCUACGUUACUGUGGCUAUGGAGAUGAUCGCAGGGCAGAUUUCUGGUGCGAUGUGAUGACCGCUGACCUUCAUCCAGUGGGCUGGUGUACGCAGAACAACAAGGUGCUGAUGCCUCCAGAUGCAAUCAAAGAGAAGUACACCGACUGGACGGCGUUUCUUAUACACGAUCUGACAGGCUCCCGAACGGCACCUGCAAAUUUACUGGAAGGCCCUCUGCGAGGAAAAAACCCUGUAGACCUCAUUACAGUUGAUUCCUUAAUAGAGCUGCAGGAUUCCCAGAACCCUUUUCAGUACUGGAUAGUUAGUGUGGUUGAAAAUGUUGGAGGAAGAUUACGCCUUCGCUAUGUGGGAUUGGAGGAGACUGAAUCCUAUGACCAGUGGUUGUUUUACUUGGAUUGCAGACUUCGACCAGUCGGUUGGUGUCAAGAGAAUAAAUACAGAAUGGACCCACCUGCAGAAAUCUAUUCUCUGAAGAAUAUAUCUGAGUGGAAAUGCGCUCUGGAAAAAUCCCUUAAUGAUGCAGCAAAGUUUCCUCUUCCAAUGGAAGUAUUCAAGGAUCAUGCUGAUUUGAGGAGCCACUUCUUCACAGUGGGGAUGAAGCUGGAGGUGGUGGGCAUGAGGGAACCCUUUAAUAUCUGUCCUGCAUCAGUGACUAAGGUUUUUAACAAUCAUUAUUUACAAGUGACCAUUGAUGACCUGAGACCCGAACCCAGCAAAAUCUCAAUGCUCUGCCAUGCUGAUUCCUUAGGGAUCUUACCAGUACAAUGGUGCCUUAAAAACGGAGUCAAUCUCACACCUCCCAAGGGUUACUCUGGCCAGGACUUUGACUGGGCAGAUUAUCAGAAGCAAUGUGGAGCAGAGGCAGCUCCUCACUUUUGCUUUAGAAACACAUCCUUCAGCCGGGGCUUUACUAAGAAUAUGAAGCUGGAGGCUAUGAACCCCAGGAACCCUGCUGAAAUAUGCGUUGCUUCUAUCACCUCAGUUAAAGGAAGGUUAAUGUGGCUUCACCUGGAAGGUUUACAGACGCCUGCUCCGGAGUAUAUAGUUGAUGUAGAGUCGAUGGACAUUUUCCCAGUUGGCUGGUGUGAAGCAAAUGCUUACAACCUCACGCCGCCCCACAAAGCAGUUUUGCAAAAGAAGAGGAAGAUUGCAGUGGUGCAACCAGAAAAGCAGUUGCCAUCCGCAGUGCCUGUUGAGAAAAUACCUCAUGACCUUUGCCCAGUCCCUCAGCCAGACACAACAGGUACCGUCAAUGGGCGAUACUGCUGCCCUCAGCUUUUCAUCAAUCAUCGCUGCUUCUCAGGUCCAUAUUUAAACAAAGGGAGAAUAGCAGAGCUACCUCAGUCUGUUGGGCCUGGCAAGUGUGUGCUAGUGCUUAAAGAGGUUCUUAGCAUGGUAAUCAACGCAGCUUACAAACCAGGCAGCGUUCUCCGAGAACUGCAGCUAGUUGAAGACCCGCACUGGAAUUUUCAGGAGGAAACACUCAAGGCAAAAUACAGAGGGAAAACGUACAGGGCAACAGUCAAGAUUGUGCGAACGUCUGAUCAAGUGGCAGAUUUCUGCAGAAGAGUCUGUGCAAAACUGGAGUGCUGUCCAAAUUUGUUUAGCCCUGUGCUGGUCACCGAAGUCUGCCCUGAGAACUGCUCCGUUCAUACCAAAACGAAAUACACCUAUUAUUAUGGGAAGAGGAAAAAAAUCAUUAAGCCUCCAAUUGGGGAAAAUAACAACAUGAAAAGUGGACACAUCAAACCAGCAAGACGCAGAAAGAGGCGGAAAUCCAUUUUUGUGCAGAAGAAAAGGAGGUCGUCAGCUGUUGAUUUUAACGCUGUGGGAUCUGCAGAGGAAAGCGAAGAGGAGGAGCCAGAUGCUAUGGAAGAUGAGACAGGGAGCGAAGAAACAAGCUCAGAGCUACGUGAUGACCAGACUGACACCUCCUCUGCUGAGGUACCUUCAGCCCGACCAAGAAGAUCAGUGACAUUACGGAGCAGCACGGAGUCAGACAGACCCGCUCCCAUCGAGAGAGCUAGAAGGGGACGCAAAACACAGUCUCUCUCAUACCCUGAAGGAGAGAAGUGCACUCAAGUCAAGGAAGAAAUAAAGCAAGAAGAGGAAGAGAAACUCAUCCUCGACAGCAAUCCAUUGGAGUGGACAGUGACUGACGUUGUGAGGUUUAUUAAAUUGACAGACUGCGCUCCCCUAGCCAAAAUAUUUCAGGAACAGGACAUUGACGGCCAAGCACUCCUGCUACUGACGCUCCCAACGGUGCAAGAAUGCAUGGAGCUGAAACUUGGCCCAGCCAUCAAGUUGUGUCACCAGAUCGAGCGAGUAAAAGUUGCUUUCUAUGCACAAUACGCCAACUGACUCUACUGCUCCUUGCAUUUCCUUCUCCUCUCUCUCUUUUUUUAUUUUUAACGUUACAAUUCACUUGGGUUUUUCUUCAAAACACGUGAAAUUGGAAGCUUGGAGACACCUCCUGUUAAAAAAACAAACAAAAAUCCAAGUGGAAUGAAUAUUUCCGUAUUUGUAAAGCACAUUGAAGUAUUGCUGCCGUCUCGUCUUGUGAAACUCUCCAAGAGUGUUAUAUUGUGGGGGAGCAAGGCCAUAAUAUAGCAGAAGGUUUUAUCUUUUUUUUAAAAAAAGAACAAGCUUUCCUACAAACGGCAAACACAUUCCAUAGGGAAAACGUUCAAGCAUUUAUCGCUGAUUGUGGUGUCUUGAGGUCAAUUGCUGGACAUAAACGAUCCCUUCGGUGAUUCCAAAACACUUCUUUCAUAUUGAAAUGUGAGUGAUCGUUGUUCAAGUGACCCAUGGCUUCCUGCAACUUUGAUCUUAAUGAUUGAUGUGUUUUUUUUUUUCUUUUCAGUCUUACAAAGAAAGAGAUAUAACAGUGAUGCAAUAAGGAACACAUUAUCAAAUGAUUUUUAAACGGGAAAUCCAAACCAUGCUCUCUGUUGUAUUAGUCACAAAUACAAUGAUCUAAAAGGCGUGCAUAGUACCCAGGAACUUUUCCCAAGCCCAAUAUAGUUAUGUACAGUAAACGGAUUGUCUCUGUGGUUGGAUCUGUACAGUACUUCCUUCAUUCUUGCCAUGGAGCAUGCAUGAAGUAUUUUAUACUAAAGCCCAUUAAGUUAUAGUCACUUAAUAUUCAAGGUCUGACUUUGAACCCCCAAAAAACAAGGACAUUCAGAUUUAAGGAUGAGGUUUUGGAGCAAAUUCUGAUUUCAUCUUCACCUGCGUAAAUCUAUUGAAGUCAGCUGUGUCACCUGGAUUUAUGCUGGGAUAAGUGAGAUCAGAAUUUUGGCCCAAAACCUCAGCGAGGAGGGAUGUUGAUUUACACCAGCUGAGGGUCUGGCCCAACCCAUCCUUUUGUGCCUAUGUGUAUCAAGGUCCAGAUUCACCAGUGUACACCAGCUGUUCUGUGCCAAUCUGGCCAGUUCAACUGGAUGUGGGACUCCUUUGUGUCACUGGAGUGGUGCAAAAUAGCUGGAAUCUACCAGAGAACCUGGCCCAGCGUGUCCUUGUGACGAGGAUAAAGAGUUGUGUGAAACACCUAGGGUUUGGGUCAUUGGGGUUCGUGUGACCUUUUUUCCAUUUCUCAUGUGCUCCUGCCCCCCGUUGGGCCUGUUGUGAAUCAGGAUCCACUCCAUUUGUAAAACUGCCGAAAGCAGGAUCAGAAUCAGGACCAAGAUUGAGGGUUUUUUCCUUUGAGUUUAAGGUUCGAAUGAAUCUCCCCAAAAAGGCAAAACUCAGCCCAAACCAUCACAUUUAUCCUGGGUUCCGGGGAAGCCACAGACUUUUACACGGUGUCCUCUGAAGCCACAAACAAGCCAUUGUCCUCAAGGCUCAGGGAACUCUGCACGAAUCUUGGGUUUGUUAUGAAAAUUUUGCACAGCGCUGUUAGGAUAUUGUGAUGUCAAAUCACACUCCGGUGGAGACAGAAAUGUAAUCUUUGUCUUCAUUCUGAAUGCCAGAGCUUUUGCCCUCUUGACCCAGAUCUCAAACGUUAUCACGUCAGCAUCGACUUUUGGUUUCAAUUCUUUUUGGAGUUUACUUUAAAGCUCUGGUUUACACUGUCUCACUGCAGCUGACUUGGAUCUGAUUAUCCUGAAGACUAGGUAUGCCCAGAGAAGCCCACUGACCAUUAACUGCCAUUGGGUUCAAUCAUACAAAUUCCUUCUUGAGGACUCCUUAAAUUCUAUGGAUUUUUGGUGCAAUGUAAUGACUCGGAAACAUCCAUUACGUACUGUAUCAAAAUCUGCUUAGGAGAAUGUUUUAUGCAAGAACUAUUGACUCAGUAUAGAUUCUAUAUAGAUGGCCCUAUAGAUUCUCAAGGAGUCUUUCUAGUUUGCCUUUUGGUGCCAUUAUUUCUGCUCUUGAUUAAUUUCAUUCUUCUGGAAUUUGGAUACAAAGAAAUUGUUGCAAAUGGGGCUGGAUCCUGCCAGACACCUAUUGAUUUUGAUAGACGUUUCAUACUUGGGGGACUGGCAGAAUCCGCCUCAGCUGCUUUGUCCUGCAGAUCCUCGUAUUAAAGUUUAAAUGAUCUUUAUUUAGAGGACAAGGAGAAAGUGGCUGCUCCUGUGCUGAGGUUUUUGUUUGAUCACUAAAUGAAUUAACCCUUAAUUUGUCCUACAAGUCAUCAGAGAUGGGUUUUAUAAUGGAAAUUCUACUGGACAUAGAGCAGUGGCCCAUGUCACUCUAUUCAUUUUGAUAAUUGCUUUUGAUCCCUUUAUAAUGUCCUCAUUUUUUUAAAAUAUCCGCCCUCUCUUUUAAAAUUUCCUAUGAUUAAACUCAUAUAAAGAAAGGGCCCAGAUUAUAGUCUGUGCCUAGUUUGCAUAGGGGACAACCAAAAGGGGCAGCAGGGAGCCUAUUCCCGCUUCCUGUCUAGCUGAGACUAUUCCCCACCCUGGCAUAGGUUAGAGCCACCUCAGGGCUGCUCUACAAUGUCAGCCAGCAGUCGGCCACAGAGACUGUAUCUUAUCAAAGGAAAGCCAGAGUGCGCACACACACACUUGGGCCAGGCAGGGGGGUAUGUGGCACAGGAGCUGAGCAAACCUGAGCUGCACUAGCUAAGGGCUGCCUGAUACUAGUGAAUUUUCAGCCCCUCAUUUGGAAGCUCAUUUCAGCCCCUCAUUUGGAAGUUCACCAGAGAACCUGGCCCAGAGAGUUUAAUGCAUCCGAGCUCCUUGUUACCUACUGCAAGAACUUAGGAUCGUUCACAGUGCUGAUAGAGUGAAAGUCCUCUAACUGUAGCUAUUUCUGGGGCAGUGAAAUACUCCUGUAAGAAUGAAUCGGGGGGUGGACGGCUGCAUACUUUGCACACAGGAUAACGUCCAGUCUUGAAAUCCUUAGCUAUGUCCAGAUGUUGGGUGGCAGCAUAGGCACCGACUCCAUGGGUGCUCCAGGGCUCAAGCACCCAUCGAAAAAAAAUAGGGGGUGCUCAGCACCCAUAGGACUGGAUUAAUCUUUUGUGGGCCCCGGCACCUGGACCAUGGCCCCGCCCCCCGUUCCAUCCAUGCUCUGCCCCGAGGCCCCACCCCACUCAGCAUCUUCCCCCCAAGGCCCUGCCCACUGCUCCGCCCCAAAGCCCCGCCCCUUCUCAGCCUUUUCCCCCUCAAGGCCCCACCCCUGCUUGGACUAUUCCCACCCAAGGCCUGCAUGAGGGGGAGUUGGCAGAGAGGAGCACCCACCGGCAAAAACAAAAGUCAGCACGUGUGGGAGGCUACCGACGUAGUCUCAUGAAAGUUACAAGGGGAGCUUUUACUGUUGGUUGUUUCUUUAUGGUAAUAAUCAGUGAGAUUUAAAUCACAUCUAUGAAAAAAGCAGAGUUUAAUUUUAGCCCAUAUAAGCUGUAUAUUUCUACUCUCCACCUUCAGCUUGUUUUUCUUAACCGUCUUCAUUUAUUUUCUCGCUUCCUUUUGGAGACAGCUGAUAGCUGUGACCUCCAGUCCUUAGUUAUUCUGAAAUUACCUUGAAUUGGCCUGUGUGGCAGGUGUGUUGUUAUACUGACACCUAGAAUAGUGAGUGGGAAGGUGUCAAACAGAUGUAUGUAGUCUGUUGUUCCAAUUGCCUUUGCAGAGAAGUGGAGCUGAAUUUCCUAACCAAUUUUUUGUAUGUAAAAGAAAACCCAUUCUGAACACAGUUUAAUUGUACAAGGUGCUCGGAUUGUCACGUAAAGAUUUGAGCAGACAUCAGAAUUGACGGAUGACUCUUUCCGACAUGUAAUUCAAGUUCCAGAAAAUGAACAAGGUUUUAGAAUAGUGUGUUGCUAAGGUCAGAUAUGGAAUGAAGAUUGCUCUAGGGUGAAAUGUGGAUAAAGUUGCUAGGUCAAAUACUUAUAAACAGACACAUUUUUACUUAAUAUCUAUUGGGUCAAAUUCAGAAUGGGUAUAGUCAGGUGCAGACUCUCUUGAAGCUGCAUGUUGUUAUCCCAGUUCUGAAUUAGGCUCUUAGACAGGGGACUGAGGUUUACAAUGGCAUAUUUUAUCUCUGUAGAUGGAAGAGCUAAAGGGCCUGAACAUGGUUUCCCUGGUCAAAGGCUGGGAACAUUAUUGUCCAUGGCAGGUCAUUCCUUAAGGCCAAGUACUCUGGUUCCACUGCCUUCCCUGAGAAGGACGUACGUUAAGCCUCACUGUGCUAGCCCAACCCGCUGGGUCUGAGAGCAGCUAUGCUCCAAGAAGGAAGCAUGCGGUGGUCCUGCUGCUGACCUCCCUUGGGUUUUACCACCAAGGAUGGUCAACUCUAAACAACAGUCAAGGCUCUGCAGAAGCCCCGCUGGCAGAGGGAGAAUGUGCUGAAUCAGUGCACCCAAGCCAGCACGGUCCACUUUGGAGUCUGUGCUUGGCCCAUUCUGAUGCCCCUAGAGCAGGGAAGAUGGUAGCAGCUGUGCACCAUAUUCCAGUGUCCCCUUGGCAUAGACCCUGGCCUGGAUCCAGCUCCUGGCCUAUAGGCCACAAAGCUCUACUCUCUGGUGUCUUAUUAAAGCAUUUAAAAUGUGAUGCAAAAGUAAUAUCCAUGGUCCCAUGCUAAUAAGCCCCUCUCCUCACUGACGUCUUGGAUCACCCCUUAGAACCUGAAGGAGAAAUAUAUUUAUCCUUAGAACCCAAAGGGGGUGGGGAGGAAAGUCUCAGCUCCUGUUCCUCUCCCUUCUAAUUUCCCUGCCCCUUCACUCCCACUCCAGCUCCAGAACACUAUUCCUUCCACCUCUCUACAAGAAGUGUUAGAAGAUUCCCCCAAUGCUCUCAGCAGGUAGAGAGCUCCCUCCUCCCACCUAACACCGCUAGGCUGCUCCCAAGUUCUGUGCCAAGAAGCCAUUGCACCUGGCCUCUGUCACCUCCGCAAGCCAUCUGACAUUGGCAUAAUAACCUCUGGGCACUGAUGUUUGGUUUUAAAGAAAGACUUCCUCUGACACUUGGCCUCCAUUUCUGACAUUCCACCCCUUCCCAGCUCUGCCUUGGUAAAAGCAGGCUGGAGCCCUAGAACCCAAUCCUGGGGACAUUGAGGGCAGGUCUAUAUUACGGGGUUAAGUCAACCUAAGUUACACAACUCCAGCUACGUGAAUAACGAAGCUGGAGUCAAUGUAGCUUAGGUUGACUUAUUGCAUUGUCUACACCCUGCUGGGUCAACUGGAGAAACUCUUCUGUCGACUUACCUUACACUUCUCGUUCUGGUGGAGUACCGGAGUUGACGGGAGAGAGAUCUGUGGUCGAUUUAGCGGGUCUUCACUAGACCCACUAAAUCAACCCCUAGUGGAUUGAUCACCGCAGCAUCGAUCCACGGGAAGUGUAGACAUACCCUGAGUACGCUCAACACCCAAUGGAAAUUGAUGGCACUCAGCACUUCCAAUAAUGCGCUUUGCAGGACAGGGCCCUUAUUGAGAAGGUGAGUGAUAUACUGUCUACACUACUACCUGCACGUCCAUUUACACAGGGCCACAGGUUCCUAAAGAUUCAGAGAGGUGCCUAGUGAGGUUUACAAAAGCUCCUCAGGCUUGGCGUCUAACUCCCAUUGAAAGUGAACCGGAGCGAGGUGCCUAAAUCCCCGUAAAUCUGUCCUGUCACCACCUAAAUUUAAUCUGAAACCCGUCUUGAUUGGAAAGUCAGUGCAUUCCUUAGCAAACCCAGUCACCAGCUCUUUCAAACCCAGCUGGCCAAGGCCAGGCCACUAAAUCAGUCUUUACCCACUUAAAAAAGGCAGCCCGAUGGUUUCUGGAGCCUUUUCAUUGACUUCAGUGGGCACUGCAGAUGCUCAGUGUCUCUGAGAAUUGAGCCAAUUCCCAUUACAGUUUCUUGGAGUUCAGAAAUGUCAGGUCGUUUCGAACGUUCUUUCUUUUUCUCGUGCAAUGUGUUCUGAAAUAGACGUGGCUCAGAUUGUUCCUUGUGGCUAAAAACUCAAGUGCCAAAAAAGAAAAACAUGCCAGUAAAUAGAAAUACAGUCAACGCUAGGUCCUCUGUCUAUAGCUUUCAGAUGUUCGCAGGUAGGAGUUUAGUUUUCUCCGUGGCUGCCAAGGGAGUUGGCCAAUAGCAGCACAGCUUUGGGCACUCAUGGGGCAGGAGGGACCAGUGAAUAAGAUUGUUCUUUCCUCUGGGGUUCCAUUUCCUGCGGCCCCCCCUGGAUUUGUGGGUUCAGGAGACCACCUCUCCCCAUCAAACUCAUUCCAUCGGAGGGGAUGCUUCCCAAGAAACCCUCAGGGAGGAAGCUUAUGGCAUUUUCAAGUCUCCAACUUUGGGAUCGGGGGGAUCUGGUCCAGGGUGAGAACGUCUGAGUUUGGGCCCAUGACAGCAAAACCCUUAGGUGAUUUCAAAGGGAGUUAGGUGCCUAAAUACCUUUGUGUAUCCCACCUUUAGGACCUGGUCUAAUUUCCAUUGAAGUCAAUAGAAAGACUUAAAUAGACAUUGGAUCAGGCCCUCAAGCACAUGCUUAAACUUUAAACAUAUGAGCAGUUCCAUGGAAACCAAAGUGAUGGGUCCCCUGCACGUGCUUCAGUGUUUUGCUGGAUCAGGCCCUUGGCUCUCAAUGGUAAAUAUUAACGGACCUAAACCAAGUUCUCUCCUUUGUAUAGACCUGAUUGCCGGAAAAAUGCUUGUGUGGCUAUUUAAGAACUGCCACCAUUGAGAUUACAAGCAGGGUUAGUCGUCCUUCCGGGCAUCGGACUGUGUCACUAGUAAAACAGUUCAACUGAGGCAAGACAUUUCUGUACGGUUUGGAUAAUACCAACCCUUAGGUUAGGAAAUUCAGAACGAAAAGAAAAUCAGAAAAAGAUAAUCAAUUACACCCGAUCAUCCCUUUAAAGCAAAUAAUGAUGGGAAAUAGCAUGGCGACCAGCAGCAUAACCCCUUCGUAGUGGUGUCCGUGGGAAGUCCUUUGACCGUUUUGCAUUCCAGUUUAUAUCGCAGAUUUGAUUCAGAUCUUAUGUAUAUAGCCCCUUUGGUGUGUAACAACCCCCCCCCCCAACUUACUGGUGUUUUUACUUUUUAAAAUUCAACAGGGCAAAGGGCAUGUUGUUAGUUUGCUGUAAGAUUGUAUUCUGUAUAUAUGUUUUCAUGUAAAUAAAUGAAAAUCUAUAUUCAGAGUUAUAUUUUAAUUUUUAUUCGAAAUGAAAGAAAUCCCCUUUUUACUUGAAGAACUGUAAGCCGCGUUGUUAAUAAAGUAAUAAUAAAUUAUGUCUUGUUUG